AUGACACCUGGAGAGUCGACAGACGAACGUGACCGGAGGGUGGCUAAGCUCUGGGAGAGUCUGGGUGUUCCCAAGGAUGGUCGCCUGGAUCUCAAUGGUCUGAAGAAGGGGUUGAAGAAGGUUGAUCACCCCCUCAAAAAUGCGGAUGGGAUGCUGCGGAAUAUCAUGAAGACCGUCGAUGCCAACGAUGAUGGGUACAUUGAUUAUUCCGAAUUUCACUCCUUUGUCGACCAUACCGAGUACGGGUUGUGGAAGCUGUUCCAGAGCAUCGACCGCAACAAGAACGGAGAAAUCGAUAAAGCGGAGCUGAGGGCGGCCUUUGCCAACUCCGAAGUCACCGUUUCGAACGCCAAGCUAGACGCUUUUUUUGCGGACGUCGACAGGAAUAAUGAUGGCGUCAUUUCUUAUGCCGAAUGGAGGGACUUUCUCCUCUUCCUACCCGCAUACUCGCAAUCCAACCUGCAUGCUGUUCUGUCAUACUACACGGCCACGGGCAAUCUAAACCCGGAAGGAGAUGUCCACAUCAAUGAUCUACAGGGUUUAGGUACAGACCACUCGUUUCUUAAACGUUAUAUCUUGGCCAUCAAACAGUUUUUGUACACUAUCCUCCCAGCCCACGCUUUGGCAGCCUUCCUCCCCUCUGCCUACGCGGAAGUCGACGGGAUCUCAAGUCCCGGCGCCGUGUUUGACAAUGAUUCUGUAUCCCUAGACGGCGACUUCGAAGUGGAGUGGCUGCCUAUACCCAGGACCGUCGCCAUGUGGAUGUCCUUUCGAUACUAUGAACAGAAGUUGACCGAGAACACUCCCCAAUUAGGUUAUUUUCUUGCUGGCGGAAUUGCAGGCGCCGUAUCCAGGACAGCCACGGCGCCCCUAGACCGACUGAAGGUCUAUCUCAUUGCCCAGACGGGCGUGAAGACCACUGCCGUCCGUGCGGCGAAAGAUGGCGCCCCGCUGCAAGCCGUGGGGAGCGCGUCCAGGACGCUUGCAGAUGCCGUCAAAGAACUCUGGCGUGCUGGAGGAAUACGGAGUCUGUUCGCAGGAAACGGGUUAAACGUGCUGAAGGUUAUGCCCGAGUCGGCUAUCAAGUUUGGAGCAUAUGAGUCCGCCAAACGGGCCUUUGCUCGUCUUGAAGGACACAAUGACCCUAAAAAGCUUCAUCCUACGUCGCAGUUCUUGUCCGGAGGGUGCGGUGGAAUGGUAGCGCAAUGUUUCGUUUACCCCUUGGAUACCUUGAAAUUUCGAAUGCAAUGUGAAACCGUCGAAGGUGGCCUAAAAGGCAACCAACUCAUCGCAGCCACAGCUCGGAAAGUCUGGAAUAAAAACGGUCUAUUCGGAUUCUUUCGAGGACUACCGCUCGGUCUUAUCGGCAUGUUCCCCUAUGCUGCCAUUGACCUAUCGACCUUCGAAUACCUCAAGCGUUUCAUAAUCGCCCGCAAGGCCCGGCUGAACCGCUGCCACGAGGAUGAUGUGCCCCUGAACAACUUCACGACAGGAGCCAUCGGUGCGAUUAGCGGGGGCAUGGGUGCUUCGGUCGUCUAUCCCCUCAACGUCCUUCGAACCAGGUUACAAGCCCAAGGCACAAUCCUACACCCUGCCACCUAUACCGGAAUCGGCGAUGUCGCUCGCAAAACCAUCCAGACGGAAGGAUUCCGCGGGUUCUACAAGGGCCUUACGCCAAACCUCCUCAAGGUUGCGCCGGCUGUUUCGAUCAGCUACGUUGUGUACGAGAACUCGAAACGGAUGCUAGGCUUGAGGUAA